AUGAAUUGCUCAGCGGAUUUCAAUCAUAGGAUUUUCUCUUCUGAGUUGCAAGAUGAACCUGCAUUUGGGAAAUUGUAUGAGCAAGCAAACAAGGGCCAAGCACAAGGACUUACUGCCUUUGAUGUAUUGUCUGAAAAUAAAAUAAUUAAACCAGAGAAAACUCAUAAUACGAAAAGGAAGCGUUCCGAAAAAGAACCAAAGAGACUGUGUCCAAUACAACCAAGGAAACAUGUUAAACAAAGCAAUGAAACACCUGAAAAGUUAGAGAAUUUCUUAAAGAGAAAAAACACUCAUACUCCCAUCAAUCCUAAAACUGUUUACCCAUCGGCGCCAAUGUAUAUAGAAGAUAUAAUCAUCAGAGAGACCGAAAAGUCAAAUAUGCAGACGCCUGUUACCAGCCUUCCAGGAACUCAAUCACUGAAUUCAUAUCAUGGACAUGAAUCUUUUGGAAACAGUCUCCAUUUUCAUCUUACACCCUUUUCAUUAGGAGACAGUCCUUCCAGCCAAAAAUCUGAAAAAGGAUGCACAAAUAGUGGGAAUAAUCUAAGUUAUAUAAAAAACGUUAAAGAAGAUGCACCCAGUAAAGCACCCUGUCCCACAUAUACAAAACCAAACAAAAUUAACUCAGCGUUACCUAGAGAGAAGGUGGUAGUUAUUUAUGAUGACGAUGAAGUGAGAGACUACUUAUACGUGUUUGGCUCCCGAUCUCAGCACAAAAAGCAAGAUUACUCGACUGUAGUCAAAAGAAAGACUUUCCAAAGCAAUAACUUUUCCAACUUUACUCUAUUAAAAAACUUGGUGGACCCACAGUACAACCCUAAAACAGCGGAAGAACGGUCACUGUGCAUUCAACUUUUGGAAGAAGUACUCAAUACUUAA